UAGUCACCUUUAGCUAACCGCGAGCGACAUACACAAAUUACGCGCAAACGACAGCCAGUAAGAGAUAAACGGGCGGAUAAAAACGAAUAAAAAAAAAGAAUUACACAGAAUAUCAGGCACGACGGAUUCACAGACACAGAACUGCAGAAGAGAGUGUUACCUGCGGUCGGAGCAGAGCGGACCAGACCAGACCAGAGAAGAGUCGGUCUAGUUACGGAUCGAUCGAUUCUUUCGGUUCAGUCUAGCACCAGACAUUUAGCGAGUCGCGCAUGCGUUCUCCUGCAUCUCCUGCCGUCAUCAUCGCAGCAGAGUAAAAUACAGACACAGACAAAAAGGGGAAGUGAAGGCGAAAAGCCCGCAAAUAAAUUCGCUGCUUAGAAGAAAAAAAAAACGUAACCGCGGCGGCGGCAGCAUCAGCAGACGAGAAAAAACACUAGUUUAGGAAAGUGGUCCCGCACGAACGGCUGCGGAACCGAACUAUAUUGCGCGAAAAAGUGCGUUCUAGCCGCAGUCACCGAGAGUGCGCGUUCACACGCCGAUGUGGCCCCCUUCCGCCUCAAAUCAAACGAAACUUUUGCUACUUUUGCGGAGAAGAUUUUCACAAAGUGGAUAAGAUCAUAACAAUUUUUAGCUCGGCAAAACUUUCGGUGUGAACCAGAAGAAGAAAAGAGAAGAAAAGCGAAAAAGAAUCAAAUAAGUGCCAGUUCGCUGCAGACUUGGGGACGAGUGAAAAGAAGAAAAAAGUGUCACUGUCGCCGUUGUCACAAACACCUCGUUGGGGUGUCGACAGCCGUCGGAGAUAAAACGCGACACAUUCGUCGUUCGUCGUCGUCGUCGUCGUAAGACUUUGUGCGACUUUGAGGGGUAACUUUAUGUAACAUGUUAUCGCAAAAAGAGUAGACUGUACUCUGAGGAGAAGCAAUCACACACAGGAAAAACAGAAUCAUCGAUCGGUCGGUGAUCUUCUGCUGAUCCCACUGACAUAGUUCGGUAGGUGCCACGUGCAACCACGUGUUAUUCCAUCUCUAGUCUCAUCAGGACCCACGCCAGCGGGAGCAAAAACGAAAAGGUGAUCGACAUAGUGUGAUUAGUUGAACCGAGAGACCAAACAACAAAAGCAAAAAAAAACAACAGAGCUUAAGCAAACAACGUACGACGGUGGUUGACGGACGAAAACGGAAAAGGACGAAACCGUGGGUUCUGGAAGAAUUGACACACACCCGUAGUAAGGUGGGUGGUGACGAAACAAGGUACAAAGAAAAAAAAAAGGUGUGAAAACUAACAGUACCUGCUGCACACACAAACAGAUUCGGCUCACUGCAGCAGCAGCACUCUACACUACGAGAAAGUGGGAGAACACACCGAAAGUGUAGACCAAAAGGAAGCGGUAUCCUAGCCGUGCGGUGCAUUUCAGUUUCGAUCGUGCGACGAAGCAGAACCCUCCGACGAAGACGAUACCGGCACCGAACGACGAGGUCCCCCGAUCGAGAGGAGUAUUAGAGCAGGUCAUGAUUACUCAUCUAUAUUUAUUAAACACAUCAUAGUAACCCGCGUCGCCGUCGUCGAUCAGCCCAGCUGCGCCCCGCACACGUGCGCGCAAACAAACGGCCGUUUUGUGUUUCUCUAUUCGAAUCGUAUCGUUUUGCCAUCCGCGGGCGCGCAAACCAUAAAUCGUAGUAAGCUAUCCGGCGAAACGCGUAUAAAUUUUUUUUCCCACGGCAACUUGAUUGCCAGCAUAAAAAGCAAGAUCUGUGUUAUAAAUAGUGCCCAAAACAAGCGAUGAAAAUGGAAGAACCAAAGUGUCUGCCAAGUGUCUAAUUUGUGUCGGCCAGAGGUAAGAGGCAGUUGCUUUUUUUUCCCCGCCGCUCGCCCGCCUUAAACGCGUGUUCUGUGUGUGCAGUGUGAUAAAAGUGUUAUUGAGAAGAGGAAAAAGAUAUACGAUUGCGCUUACAGGAGCGAAGAAGAAAACAAAAAAAAAACGUACAGCCAAAUUAUCCACCCAGUUUUAUUAUUUUUCUAUUCGGUGUAUUAUCGUGUUAGAGAAGAAAAAACAAACCCCAGUUAGGCCACCAAAAUGAAAAUCGCAAAAAUGACCCUAUCAACCGGGAUGGCAGUAUCGGCGGUACUGCUGUUUCUGGCGCUAACCGCCAACCUAGUCAACGCCCGUCGCCUCUCACCACUGCUGGUGGAGGACGAAGGAGCCCGCCGGAAUCGACCUGCCGAAUGUCUAUUCGGCAAAACGCUUCGAGAGCUCGGAUCCACCUGGUUCGCCGAUUUGGGACCCCCAUUUGGCGUCAUGUACUGCAUCAAAUGUGAAUGUGUACCGGUGCAGAAGAAGCGUCGGAUAGUAGCACGUGUCCAGUGUCGUAACAUCAAGAACGAGUGUCCGAAACCGACGUGCGAUGAGCCCGUCCUGCUUCCGGGAAGAUGCUGCAAGAGCUGCCCAGGGGAUGCAUACAGUCCUGGCAUCGUACAUGAUCUUCCACAGGCAGUGAUGCCCGAAGAAGAAGAGCGAAGCAAACAUUUUGCCGCCCUUCUUACCGGACGUACCUCGUCGAUACUGAAACGGGACGACAUGAAAUCCAUGUACUCGACCAUCAACCCGCUGAAUAUCGUCGCUACCGGACGGUUCACGUUCCACAAAAAGAACCUGUACUACAGUUUCUACAUUUCGGAAAAAGCCCCACGCCCCCGAUCGAUACAGUUCGUUGACAGUCAGGGUAACAUUCUGGAGGAACAUCCACUGGUCAUUCCGGCCGAAGGUCCCUUCAGUGUUUACCAAAAUGCGACCGGAAAGAUUUGCGGUGUUUGGCGUCGCGUAGCUCGUGACUAUCGGCGGCUGUUGCGUGACGACAUGAUGAACGUCGUGCUGCUUUGGGGUGGCAAAUAUCAAGCCGAACUGGCAAUUGCCGGACCGAUUGGAAAGUAUCCAGCCUUACCGCAAGAACUGUUCAGUUCCCUGCUCGAACCGGCACCAGGAACUAAUCCGGAACAAAUGAACGGCGCUGGUGGUACUGCGAUAGUAUCUACCAAAAGUGGCGUCACGUCCUCCAUCUAUCUGACUCUGGUGCUGAACGGUGUGUUUUCACCAGACGAUAUCGCAGAUGUUCCACUGAAUAUCCGUUUGGAAAUGCAAAACAAGGAGAAGAUCAUCCUAGAGGACACGCAACGUGUUAAGAAACCGGCCCACGACAUCAACAUUAUUGAAGUUUCGUCCCCUCUGUCCGUGAAUGAUCUACGGCUGUUGACCAGAGGAAAGCUAACCGUGGUUGUCGAAUCGAAACGGAAACCCGAUGCUCUACGUAUUCAAGGUACCAUCCAGACGCGUGUGGCAUGUGAGGUAUUCCAAACUCUGCUAGCUUCCCACAAUCCGGAGUCUCGCACCGACAGUAGCGGUUUGGCGUGGAUGUAUCUGAAUAAGGAAGGAUCGUUGAUGUACAACAUCCAAACGCACAAUCUGCACAUGAACUACAAUCCGGUCAUAACGCUGAUAGACGACAGCGCUAAACGUAAAGCGGACAUCGAGAACCUCAGCUUCAACUCCGAUCACGUUUCCGGGACCGUCGACAGAAUGGGACCCCGUGUUCUUGAGCCACUUUAUUCCGGCGAUUUGGCUAUCAACGUGGCGAACGAUUUGAAUCUCAAUCUCAUCCAUGGCAAGUUCGUCGCUCGUCCCGUGGCCGACGCUCGCGAUUCCAAUGCCCCGGUAUUACUGAAGCGCAUCGGAAACUCGAUUGCUCCUCCGCAUUCCGUCGGUAUGGCCUGGGUGGCUGUCGAUAACGAGUGUAACCUACACUACGAAGUGACGCUAGCGGGAGUUCCAAGUGCCUAUCAUCCGGUUCAACUGUAUCUGGAAGAACUACCGAUCGAAGCACCGAACGCUCCGAUUAGCCGUACUCUACUGGAAGACUUCAACGGUAACUAUCUGGAGGGAUUCGUCCUGGCCAUGUCCUCAACCGAGCUAGCCAAGCUGGAAACCAGUGUUAUUUACUUGGAAAUACGAUCGAAAUCCAAAGACGAACCCAUCCUGAAAGCGAAACUGAAAUCAACCAAAAUACCGAACCACUGCACGGGCAAUCAGCACCACGACAAUGACGUGCAGAACAAUUCCGUCAUUUCGACGUUACCCAACGACAACCGUAUCCCGAUGGGAGAAACGAAAUGCUAUCACUCUUCCCGCUUCUACGACGAAGGAGAUCAAUGGCACAGCGCACUGGAAUCCUGUACCAUGUGUUCGUGCGUACACAAGCGCGUCAAGUGCGAACCGGUUCGCUGCCCUCCGCUGAAGUGUCGGAAAGAGGAUAUUAUCCAGAAGAAAGGCGACUGCUGUCCGACCUGUGCAGUCUCGAAAUACCCGGACGACACCAGACCGGCCGUACCGCACGGCUGUAAGCUGGGAGAUCAAUUCUACGAAGCCGGUUCCACGUGGCAUCCGUAUCUGCCGCCGAACGGUUACGACACUUGUACCGUGUGCACUUGCGAUGCUCUCUCGUUGGACAUCAGCUGCCCCCGAACGCAAUGUCCACCGUUGAACUGCAGCGAAAAAGUCGCCUACCGGCCGGACAAAAAGGCCUGCUGCAAAAUAUGCCCCCAGAUUAAAGUACGCACAUCCCGUCCGGGCAGUUCCGACGAAAUGGGCGACCAGGGAAGCAGCAGCGGUACACUGAAAUCGACGCAGACAAUCCUCGCAAACGGUGGCUGCACCUACAAUGCCAACAUCUACGAGAACGGCCAGGAGUUCCAUCCGAUUCUCGCGACGCACGGCGAACAGAAGUGCGUCAAGUGUUCCUGCAAGGAUGGUAACAUCAAAUGCGAACGGAAACGGUGCAUCCGGUCGGCGUGCAGUCGACAGCACACCCGACGGAAUACCGUGGUGGACGAGUGCUGUCAGUGUCAGAAAACUGGCCGCCAUCCACACAGACGACGACAGCAGCAGCAGCAGCACCAGAGCCAGAGCCAGAGCCAGCGACAGCAGACGGCCAUAUCUGUAAGAAGUUGAAUUGAUUAGGUUUCGGCGUUUUUCUUUUUCAAAUAUUUUUGAAUGUACUAUCAUACUAUUGGAUAGUGCCUACAAGAGUAGAUGGGACCGAAAGAUUGAUCAGUGAUAAAGUUUAGUGUGCCAACGUAUUGUUUUUUUUUUUAAUUUUUUUUAUUGUUUUGUAAGUGUGAGAGAACACAUGGAUUCUCAUGUCCGGGACAGUGCGAGUGUUUGUAUUUAUUACAAUGUGUAACUUCAUAGCAGUAUCAGAAUCGGGGGGAAUCUACGCUCGGAAGCAUACUGGGUUUUUUUUCUGGGGCCGCGUAGAUUAGCUGUUUUUUUUUUUGGAACGCGAAAAUCAUUAGCAUUAAGGUUACGAACGCAUAUCUAAACUUCAGUGUAGGUUAUAAGCUGGAUUUUUUUGGAGGAAAAAUUAGGGAAAAUCAAACGAUUUUGGCAACGUAUUUGUUUUACUGUUCACAAACCAAAUCUUUAUGAAAAUUCAAUGCAGGGUAUUUAGAGAGAGACCGGGAGAACAGAAAUAAUUGGAAAUUUCUUAUUUUAAAGAAACAAUUCCAGUUGAAAUAAUUUUUGUAUCAGAGAACAAUAUUUAUAUUUUUACAAAUAGUCCUAUAGGUUUACUACACACUAGAUAAUCUUUAAGUAAACAUAUUUAUUCUAAAGAUAGUUCUACUACUGAUCAGAGAAGCAGUAAAAAAAAAGAAUAGAUCAUUCGCAUUUAAACUACUACAAACUAAGAGCAGAACUAAAACAUAAACAAUAGGAAAGUUGUAAAUGCUUUUUAAUCUAAAACCACACAUAAAUGCUAAAUUUGAGAUUAUUUAAAGGAUUGAUAGCAAUAAACAUCAGAUUGCAGAGUCUAAUCUGGAUUAGAGUGUAGAAGCCAACUUUGUUUUUUGUAUAGACAUUUAUUAUCCAGUAAUUUUUACUUCAAAGCAUUGAAAAGUAAACCAUAAAACGUAACCAAUGCACAAAGAGAUGUUUUUUUAAAAUUUGUCCCUCGAAAAGAAAAAAAAACAGAACAAAGAUGAAAAAACCAGGGCUUUGAAGUUGGUGUAUUGAUUUUGAUACAAAACAGAACAAGCGAAACCCGUUAUUAUUCGAGCGAUCAUACCAACUUUCUCUCUCUCUCCCUCCCUCUCCUGGAACGUGUAAAGGAACGAGGAAUGAUCUUUUCCGACACCAAAACGGAGUGAAGCGCCUAACAACACUACAGUCAUCAGGGAAACUGUGUUUUGGGAGUAAUAUUGUUUCUAGAAAGACAAUCUAGUCACGUGCGUUAGCGCUACCCACAAAUGAAAUCAAUUUUGUAGAACUCAAACCAAGCUCUGCGGAGAAAAACUCUGCGAAUGGCACACACCCAAACAAACAUACAACUAAAACGGAUGAUAACAGCCGGCAUUUGCGUCGGAGUAUCAAGAAGAGAAACAUUUGCAAACUAGAGAGAAAGAAGAGAAGAAAAAAAACCGUAGAAACUUAAUCAAUUCACAACACACAUUUUGCGAUUGCUUUUUUUCUGCUAAAGCAAUACAGACAAACUUAGGUCGACAAGAAAAAGCAACAACUCUUGAAAAUGUUUUUUUCCUGUUACCACGUACCAAAGAAGACUGAUAUAUUAAAUCUUGAAAGAAAACAUAAAAACAAAGUUGUAACAAAUUUGCUGAUAUAAAAACAAAAAAAAAUUGAAACCAUUUUUUUUGGCGCUUAGAAAGAACAAUCUGUCGAAAGCAAGCAACACAUACAAACAUACAUACAUACAUGCUAGUAAUAUUUGUGACUAUUUUUCCAAACUAGUAUACUACCUUUGAUACUUAACACAUGCGAAGCGGACGCUUCGAACGGGAGCAGAGUCCCCUACUCAUCGAUUCAUUUCUCGGCGGUAUACACAUUAUGUAAUACAGUAUUUUUUAACAAUUAGCAUUGUUAUUCCUUUCUUUUUUCUUUUUUUUUUUUGUCACACAACUCAGUUUGUUUUUCGCCAGAAGCUAAAAGUCCUAACCGCACUUGAAUUACAUUUUGAGUUUGUUUUUUUUUUCGUUGUAUAUUACAAAGACGGACAAUGCCAGGCAUUACCGGAAGAGAAAGUAAAAGAAAAAAAAACAAA